CUAAUCAAAAGAGUACCCCAGAUUCCUCUGCUUUUGAUUUAGCACAAAAAAGGGCAUCAAAUUCAGUGAUAUUGCAUUAAUUUCUUCAAACUGUGUAAUUAAAGAUGAUGCACGCUACAUCUGAAUCAGAUUUCACAAGUAUUUCACCUUAUUCUUCCCCGGCAUCUGCGAAACAGGCAGUUUACUAUGUACAAAGCCCAUCUCGUGACUCCCACGAUGAGGCCGAUAAGUGUUCUUCUUCCAUGCACGGUGUCACCUCUCCUACUUAUCACAGCUCCACGGACGAGUCGCCUUCUAAUCUUUCAAGGCAUUCUAUGGCAUCAGCUGCCAGUCGAUUCAGCUCGAGGGACAAUAGGCGGAGAGGCUAUAUUAAGGGAUGGCGACAGUGUAAUGUGGUCGAGGAGGAGGAUGCUGAUGAUGAUUAUUAUUAUGAAAAUAGAGAGUUUACGAGCCAGUGUAAGAUAUUGAUGGUCAUCGUCGGUUUUGGAGCGGUUUUUUCAGUGAUUUGUUUGAUCAUUUGGGGCAUCAGUAGGCCCUAUGACCCUCAAAUCAGCAUGAAGAGCUUGUUCGUUCACGAUUUAUUUUACGGAGAAGGAUCAGACUGGACCGGUGUUCCAACCAAGUUUCUAACGGUGAACUGUACGGCAAGUAUGGUCAUUUACAAUCCAGCUAAAUUCUUUGGCAUUCAUGUCAGCUCUGAUCCUGUAAAUCUCAUCUACUUGGAAAUUACUGUUGCCAGGGGUCAGCUAAAGAAAUAUUAUCAACCAAAGAAGAGUGUUCGAAAAAUGUCCGUGAGUCUUGAGGGACAAAGGGUUCCUCUUUAUGGUGCAGGAAUGUCAUUAUCAGCAUUGGAUAAGAGUGGUGGAUUUCCACUCAAAUUGGAGUUCGAGAUUAAGUCGAGAGGUUAUCUGAUUGGGAAGUUGGUCAAGACGACACACAGAAGGCACGUCUCAUGCUCUUUGCUCCUGAAUUCUAAAACCACCAAACAAAUCGUAUUUAAGCAGAAUUCUUGCAAAUAUGGCUAA